UGUCCACCGCUCGCCGAUCGUAAUCCCGCUUUUCAGGGCAGCCCCAACAAGUCACUUUUCCUUUUCCUUUCAUCCGAAACGAUGACCACGAUCCCGACCACGAUGCGCGCGCUCAUGCUUGUGGAGCGCGUGAAGGACUUUGCCCAGCCCAACCUCGCGGCGUGUUUUGAAGUCCAGCAGAUCCCCGUUCCGACGCCGGCGGCGACCGAAGUGCUCGUCAAGGUCGCGGCGAGCCCCAUCAACCCGUCCAACUUUUCCCAGCUCCAAGGCUACUACGGCAACUUUGGCUCGAUCCCGCUGCCGCAAGUGACUGGCGUCGAAGGCUCCGGCGUCGUUGUCGCGGCUGGCGCCAACGCGCAGCACCUUCUCGGCAAGCGCAUUGGCACGAUCGUCGACCCGGCGGGCAUGUGGGCCGAGUACGUGGUUGUCCCUGCGCACUCGUGCAUCGAGCUCCCGGAAGACGCCUCGUUCGAGGACGGCGCGUCGUGCUUUAUCAACCCGCUCACGGUCGUCGCGUUUGUCGAGAUUGCCGUCAAGCGCAACGUCAAGGCCAUCGUGCACACGGCCGGCGCCUCGGCCCUCGGCAAAAUGCUCGUGCGCCACGCCAAGGAACACAACAUCGCGGUCAUUGCGGUCGUCCGUCGCCAAGAGCACGUCGACACACUCCGUGCGAUGGGCGCCGAGCAUAUUGUCAACACGGCGCACGCUGACUGGACGCAGGCGCUCGAGAAGCUCACGACGGAGCUCGGCGCGACAAUUGGCUUUGACGCGAUUGGCGGCGCGACGUCGGGUGCGGUCCUCUCGGCGAUGCCGACCAAUUCGGAGCUCUUUGUGUACGGCGCGCUCUCGGGCGAAGGUGCUAGCGGUGUCAGCCCGCGCGACCUCAUCUUCCUCAACAAGACGCUCAACGGUUUCUGGGUCGAGCAGUACUUGGUCGAGCGCGGGGCUGGCGUCGCCGAGAUGAUGGCCAAGGUCGCCAAGGGCCUCACAACGACGUUCAAGACGAACGUCCGCAUCGCGUACCCGCUCGAAGAGGCCGCGGCCGCGUUGCUAGAUUACGCUGGCAACAUGAGCAACGACAAGGUCAUCUUCAAGCCGUAAUGAUGUUGUACCUCGAAGAAUACACUAGUUUUAGCCUUUGGA